AUGUCAUGGAUUUUCGGAAUGGGUGGUAAUACCCCUGAAACACCAAACUUGGAAAAUAUUGACAAUGUUUCAGAUAAAAAACCAUCACCACCCCCAUCAUCAUCUAGUGGCGAGGCAUAUAAAUUUGAUUCAUCUGCAUUAGAACGAGCAGCUAAAGCUGCCAAAGAAUUGGAAAAGUCAAAACAUGCCAAGGAAGCAUUAGAUUUAGCUAAAUUGCAAGAAACUACAAAGCAAAUAGAGUAUCAAACAAAAAUAAAAGAAUAUGAAAUUCGCUUGGAACAAGUACGUGUCGAACAAAAGCGGGUUGAUGCUGAAGAAAGAAAGAAGUUGUUAGCAGAAGAAACUAAACAGCAUCAAUUACGGUCACAAUAUCAAGAUCAAUUAGCCCGCAAAAGGUAUGAUGAUCAGCUUCAACAACAACGCGCUUCUAAUGAAGAGAACUUAAGACGACAAGAAGAAUCUGUAGCUAAGCAAGAAGCUAUGAAAAAAGCUACUAUUGAACAUGAAAUUGAAAUGAAAUCUAAAUUAGAUGCUAAGAAAUCUGAGGCUAAAGCAUUAGCAAGAGCAAAGGCAGAAAGAGAGAACCAUGAUUUAACAAUGGAACAACUCAAAUUAAAAGCUUCUGAACAUCGACAAACCGUUUUGGAGUCCAUAAAAACUGCAGGCUCAAUUUUUGGAAGUGGAGCAAAUGCAUUGCUCUCUGAUUGGGAUAAAACUUUAAUGGCUGCAGGAGGCUUAUCUCUUUUGGCAUUAGGUAUAUACAGUGCCAAGGGUUUUACCGGUGUUACAGCAAAAUAUGUUGAAUCAAGAUUAGGCAAACCUUCGUUGGUAAGAGAAACAUCUCGAUUCUCAUUGUUAGAAUCAGUAAGACAUCCAAUUUUAACAUUUAAGGAACUUAGAACUAAAAAAAGUAGUGCGUUAAAAGAUGUUAUUUUGCCACCAAAAUUAGAAUCUAGAUUAGGUGAUGUUGCAAUUGCUACUUUAAAUACUAAGAAAAACCGUGGUAUGUACCGGAAUAUCUUGAUGUACGGACCCCCAGGUACUGGAAAAACACUGUUUGCCAAAAAAUUAGCAAUGCAUUCUGGUAUGGAUUAUGCUAUAUUGACUGGUGGAGAUGUAGCACCUUUGGGAAAGGAUGGAGUAACUGAAAUGCACAAAGUUUUUGAUUGGGCAACUAACUCAAGAAAAGGUUUAUUGUUAUUUGUUGAUGAAGCAGAUGCAUUUUUAAGAAAACGUAGUUCAGAGCUGAUUAGUGAAAAUUUACGUGCCACAUUAAAUGCCUUUUUAUAUAGAACUGGAGACCAAUCAAACAAAUUUAUGUUAGUGUUGGCAAGUAACACUCCUGAACAAUUUGAUUGGGCAGUAAAUGACAGACUAGAUGAAAUGGUAGAAUUUGGUCUACCAGGUAAAGAAGAACGAGAACGUUUAAUGAUGCUAUACUUUGAUAAAUAUGUCUUAACCCCAGCAUCUCAAAGCAAAGUCAAGUUGAAUAUUGAGAAAUUCGACUACAGUGCCCUAUGCAAACAAAUGGCAGAAAUGACCGCUGGAAUGUCUGGUAGAGAAAUUGCCAAGUUAGGGGUGGCUUGGCAAGCAGCUGGUUAUACUUCGGAAGAUGGUCUGUUAACUAAAGCGAUGGUUAUAAGCCGGUGUGAAGAUGCAAUUAAGCAGCAUAAACAAAAGAUGGAAUGGAUGAGUGAGAAAGAAAAAAAUGAUUCCAGAUAUACAAGACAGAAUAGCAUUCACUAA